AUGGAGAAUAUUACGCCAGACCAAUGGCAGGCGAUUGUGAACAAAAAGCUUACUUUCCCCCCGGAGCUGAUAACAGCCAUUCAGGAAGACAACUCAAUUCUGGUGGGCAGCCUGCUGUCCACAGGGGACGGCAUCAUCCGCCAGCUGGAUGAGUCUGAGGACCGUCUGUGGAGAGAAGCCCUGAACCUGUCCAUCCGCAUGGGCAACGAGGACAUUUUCUCCGCUCUGAUGCUGGGCGUCAAGUUUGACUUCAGGCAGAUCUACGAGGCGCUGCUGGUGGCGGUGGACACCAACCAGCCCCGGGUGGUCAAGAGGCUCCUGGACCGCCUGGACCAGGAAAAGGGCAACAAGAUGGAUGUGCGCUCCUUCUCCAUGGCCAUAUUUGACCACUCCAUUGACGACUCCCAGUUUGCCCCCGGAGUGACCCCGCUCACCCUGGCCUGUCAGAAGGACCUGUAUGACAUUGUCACCAUGUUGACUAAGAAAGGUCAUGCCAUCCCUCUGCCUCACUCUAUCUCCUGUACCUGUCUGGAGUGCAGGAACGGCCGUCAGUAUGACCUGCUGAAGUUCUCUCUGUCUCGUAUCAACACCUACCGGGGCAUGGCCAGCCGGGCAUACCUCUCCAUCACCACAGAGGAUGCCAUGCUCAGUGCCUUCAGACUCAGUCGGGAGCUACGCAAGCUCUCCAAGAAAGAGCCUGAAUUUAAGCCCCAGUACCUGAGCCUGGAAGAGCUGUGUCAGGAGUUCGCAGUGGAGAUGCUGGCCAUGUGUCGCAACCAGAGUGAGGUCACAACAAUCCUGAACAUCUGUGAUGAAGAUAAUGAAGAUGAACUGGACGAGCAGACCUUCGAGGAGGGGAUUCCAACCCUGUCACGCAUACGCCUUGCAGUCAAUUACAAUCAAAAACUGUUUGUGAGUCAUCCCAUCUGCCAGCAAGUGCUGUCGUCCAUUUGGUGUGGAAACAUCCCAGGGUGGCGGGGCAGCAAGACGGUCUGGAAACUCACGGUGUCUCUUGGGAUCUUCUUCACCAUGCCUCUCCUCUGUAUGAUCUACUGGGUCGCUCCCAAGUCCAAGAUUGGAAAGACUUUGAAGAUACCUGUGAUCAAAUUCCUGCUGCACUCUGCCUCCUACCUGUGGUUCAUCAUCACCCUUCUAGCUGAGUCUAUUUUCAUGGAGCUGUACCGCGAUGAGUUCGCAUCCCGGCAGCAAAACAUCCUCUACAACUCCCUCCAUAUGAUCUGGGUGGUCGGUUUCUUCUGGAGUGAGUGUAAGAAUGUGUGGGCGGAGGGUCUGAGGGGUUACAUCGUGGACUGGUCCAACAUUCUGGACAUGAUAGUACUCAGCAUGUACUUGGCCUCCUUCGGUCUGAGAGUCCUCAUCAUGGCAAUUGGUCACUUUGUUUGCCAAGACCAAAACUUGGUUGAGAAGUGUGCCUACUUCACCCAAACAGUGCGGGAUGAAUGGUGGCAGGAGGACCCUCAGCUGAUCUCAGAGAUUCUGUUCGCUGUGACCAGCAUGCUCAGCUUCACCCGACUGGCCCACAUCCUGCCUGCCCAUGAGUCUCUGGGUACUCUGCAGAUCUCCAUUGGUAUAAUGAUAGAUGACAUGAUGAGGUUCAUGUUUCUCUUGAUGAUCAUUGGAACAGCUUUUCUCUGUGGACUGAAUAAUAUCUAUGUGCCCUACGCAACUUCUCCACAUCUUGGACGCUUCAAUGAAACCUUCAACUUUCUCUUCUGGACCAUGUUUGGUGCAUCUAAUCAAGGCUAUGUGGACAUGCCAGAUUUUGUUCUGGCUCAGUUUGUGGGCAGGGUCCUGUAUGGGGUCUUCACUCUCGUCAUUGUCAUUAUCCUGCUCAAUUUGCUUAUCGCCAUGAUCACUAAUUCAUUCCAGAAGAUAGAGGAUGAUGCUGAUGUUGAAUGGAAGUUUGCUCGUUCAAAGCUCUACUUGAGUUACUUCAGAGAGGGCUCCACUAUACCGGUACCCUUCAACCUCGUCCCCACUCCAAAGGCCUUGUUCUACUUACUGAGGAGCUUUUUCUGUUGUUGCAACCGAAAGAAAAUUCCAGACUAUCCUCCUAUUGCCUCUGUGUCCAACAGUACAAUGAACAACAGUGGAGAGGCAGGGAUAGACCGAGUGUCAUACCGCCUGCAGGUGGUCAAGGCGCUGGUACAGCGCUACAUAGAAGCAGCCCGCAGGGAGUUUGGAGAGGCGACACGUAAAGAUGUGGGGAACAGGAUCACAGAGCUGAACAAGGGGGUGGGGAGACUUCACUCUGAUAUGAAGAAGUUCCAUCAGAACCUGCAGAACAACAAGUCCUUCGGCUCAAAGGGCGAUGGAGGCGACUUCCUGGGCAAGUACAUAAAAGGAGCAAAGAACAACUUUAAGAACUUUGAUAAAAAUGAGGCAAUGGGGAAUAGCCCAGACCUGUUACGAGUCAAUCUGCACCUCGUAGGGGUGGUGGAGGAGGGGAAGAAAGAGGAGGGGAAAACAGAAAUGAUCCCAGAGGUGUUUACAGAGAAAAACACCCCCACAAACAACAGUGAGAGCUCCCCAGACAUCAGCCCUGAGUCUCAUAGUGGGCAGGAGUUCCUGGAGAGAGACACAGAGAGUACCUGCACACAGGGAACAGUGGAGGAAAACACUAACAUCAUAUAG